AUGCAAGCUAUCAACAAUCACUCAGAGGAUGAUGAUUUUUAUCUCGAUAAUCAGAUGGACUACCAACAUGAUGUUGAUGUGGGAUGGACCAAUUCAAAUGGUGAUCCACCACCAUCUGGAACAGCAUCACCUGCACCCCAGCACGACAUUGAUGAUAUCAAAGUGGAAUACCACCCCAAUAGUGGUAGACCCACCAAAGUGUACCACUUCAAGGACUAUGGACGCAGUCCCGGUGCCCCACCAGCAGCUCCAGAAGCAGAUCCUAUGCCCUGGCAGCCAUUUCGCACUUGUAUCGACUUUGAGGUUGCGGAACUCGCUCACGAUGCUGGAAACAUUCCCGCUAUUUCAUCAUUCACUGUGGGACUGGGUCACUGA